CGGCAAUGGAUGCGUUUAGUUUAGGUUGUGUCUUGUGCUUUUGCUUCACUCGUGGAAGACAUCCAUUUGGUGAAAAUCUAGAACGUGACCACAACAUUGUUUGCAACAAAAUGGACCUCUCCUUUGUGGACAUACCAGAAGCUCAUGAUCUGUUUUCGUGUUUACUAAACCAAGAUCCCAAAUUGAGCAGGCCAAAGACAUCGGAGGUGCUUCACCAUCCAUUUUUUUGGAGUUCAAAGAUGAGAUUGACCUUUCUUCAUGACAUCAACGAUGAAGUAGAAUUGGAAGCUAGGAAAGGCAAUUUAGAUCUUCUAAAUGCAUUGGAGAACAUUGUGCAAUCGGUUUUUGAUGGGAGUUGGGAUGAGAAAAUAGAUAAAGAUGUUAUGGACAACCUACAUCAACACAGACGUAUGCCCUAUGACGGUAGCUGUGUCAGAGACUUAUUGAGAGUCGUGCGAAAUAAGUUUAACCAUCUAAGGCAUGCUCCAGAAAAAGUUAAGGUGAUCCACGGAUCGGAUCCUACUGGUUUGGAUGCUUACUUCGCGAAACGAUUCUCCAGACUCUUGAUUGAGUCAUACAAAGUGGUGUCCCAAAGCUGCAAAAAGGAGAAAUUGCUUGUGGGAGUACUUUCUAAGUAACGUGCUUUUGACCCUUCGGCCGCUUCCCACGGUGAUUCCUUCGUCAAGCCAGCAGGGUUGGCCAUGAAUAUUACGGGACAUUCCACUUGUCCCUUUUGUUGUGUACGCUGUCUUGGUUACGAGGAUCAAGUUGGACGGGCUUAAUACUCCGUAUUUUCCUAAUAUCAAAUUCAAAUAAUUUUAUGGUAUACUAGUGCCGCAUACUUUAAACGUUUAUUGUAUUGUUCUUGAUAUUGCAUAAACAAAUAUUAUAUUUCAAUUU